AUGUGCAAGGCGUCAACUUCCGGUAACUCUCAUCACUACACCCCCCACACUCCAACCAACAACCCCCGCAGCUCCUUUACCGUCAAGCAAGCGAACAAAGUCGGCGUCACAGGCUAUGUGAAGAACGCUUCCGAUGGCAGUGUGCAAGGCGAGGCGCAAGGCGAGGAGAGCUCGUUGAAGCAGUUCGUUGAGCACUUGAACAAAGGCCCUUCGGCGGCGGACGUGAAUAAGGUCGAGACGUCGGACAUUGAGCCGAAGCAGGGGGAGAGUGGGUUCUCGCAGUAG